UGUCCGCUCUUGGAAGAGGGAGUCGCUUUGGUCGUCGUGCGUUGCAGAGUGUCCUUGAUGGGGCCCGUGUUAAGAGAGGGUCUGAGAUGCACGGAGAGCGUUAAAGGACAGGUUUGCUGGGCUUUCGAGGCGCCUCUUUGGGCAGGUCUGGCUCCUCCUCUCACGUCCGCCCGAACUUGAGCUCCCGCCUUCAGCGAGGUCCUAGGUGCUGUAAGGGGCGUCUAGGGAAUUUGUGGUUCGCUGUGCUUCCCUAUUCGAAAGACUUUUUUGACUUCAGCCCAUGCAGACGUGAAUAUCCGCUAUUCCAGCCACGUUGCCCAGGCCCCUGUGCCUUCUGGCUAUCAUGCCGUGUUAUCAUGCCAGUUUUCCUGCUGCGGGAUUUUAGUUCCGUAACCAGAUGUGGAACCUGCAUCCCUUGCAGUGGAAGCAUGGGAGUCUUAACUCCUGAGUGCCAGGGAACUCCCUAAAUGAUGUAUUAUUGACAGUUUACCUAAUCCAGAUUGAAGUGUCAUUGCCAUCGUGUUGGGUUCCUGUGACCCUUUACAAGCUCCAGAAGAAUUGUUAUCUUUUAAGGAGUGGUCUUGAUGUUGGAGAAUGUUGCCAUUUAGGAUUGAGCAGGACUUAGUGACCUUUGCUAAUGUGGCUGUGGACUUCACCCAGGAAGAGUGGACUUUACUGGACCCCUUUCAGAGAAAGCUAUACAGAGAUGUGAUGCUGGAGAACUACAGCAACCUGACCACAGCAGGAAAUCAAGUUCUGACACCCUCUCUGAUCUCUUGGUUGGAACAAGAAGAGUUGAGGACUGUGGAGAGAGGAGUCUUCCAAGAAUGGGAAAUGCAAGGUAAAACCAACGACUCAGCAAUUCAGCAGGAUAUUUUUGGGGAAAAAACAUCAAGUAGGAUAGAAAUGGUAAGAAACGACAAUGGACGGGAACUCUAUGACUGUGAGCAACGUCGGAAAGACUUCAGUGACCACUCAUGCCUUAGGACACAGAAGAGAACUAAAAAUGGAGGGCAGACUUUUGAAGAUAACCAGUGUGGAAAAAGCUUCCUUACGCUGCACAACAAAUCCUUUACUAGAGAAAAAUGUUCCAUUUUUAAUCAGGAUGGAAAAGUCAUCAGGCUGACUCCAGAUAUUGUGUACCAGAAACCUAGCAUACAAGAGAAAGCCUUAAUAUGCAAAGACAGAGAGCAUUUGCUAAUGCAUCUUACCUUCAGGCACAAGUGAGAACUCAAAAUAA